CGAUUGACGCCGUAAAUUAUCGCCAAUUGAUCUUAAUUCUCUCUCUCUACGCCUUAUUUUUUUUAGGAAAAGGAGUCUCUGGUGAGGAUCUUAGCUGUACAGACCAAUAUCAAUCCCUUGAGAGAUCUGUACAUCUCUCUCAACCACCAUCUCUGUUUGUUCCCAGAGAGAGAUAGGCGAGUGGUUUUUCGAUCUGGUAAUCGUAACCGGUUCAAAGUCUGCUGCUAGAAACAGUAGAAAAGCUGUCGUGUUUUAUCUUCUGCUGAUUCAGCUUUAAAAAUGGCAUAUCGAGCUAAGGAGGAUGAGAAAAAUGAACGGGUAAUCCGCGGCCUGCUCAAACUUCCUGAGAAUCGCAGAUGUAUUAACUGUAACAGCCUGGGACCACAAUAUGUAUGUACAAAUUUUUGGACUUUUGUCUGCACCAACUGUAGUGGAAUACAUCGCGAGUUCACACACAGAGUAAAAUCAGUAUCGAUGGCUAAAUUCACUUCACAGGAAGUUGCUGCUCUUCAAGAAGGGGGAAAUCAGCGCGCAAAGGAAAUAUUAUUUAAAGAAUGGGAUCCACAACGUCAGUCAUUUCCCGAUAGCAGUAAUGUUGAGAGACUACGGGACUUCAUUAAGCAUGUUUAUGUGGAUAGAAGGUUCACUGGUGAGAAGAACUUUGACAAACCUCCGAGGGGAAAGAUGGGUGAAAGGGAGGAUGUUUACGAGAACAGGAGGAUUGGCGCAUAUCAAGGAGAGUCUCGAAGUCCCCCAUAUGAGGAUACAUACGAACGCCGUUACAGUGAUAGAUCUAGUCCUGGUGGAAGAAGUGAUGACAAGAAUUCAAGAUAUGGCUAUGAUGAAAGAAGGAGUCCUGGAUAUGAGGAAAGUCGGCAGUAUAAUGAUUAUAGGAGAAGUCCCGCUCGCCCUGAGGUUGUCAAUGAUUGGCGUCGAGAGGAUAGAUUUGGAAAUGGAAGGAAACUUGAAGACUAUAGAACUUCUGAUGGAGAUCCAAAGCUGGGAGGACGGUCACCUGAGCGACCGAGAGAUUUUGAGACUUCUAGUCCCCCUGUGGUACGACCGGUCAGAGAAAUUUUAGGGGAGAAUGUAGUACCCCUUCGAAUAAGUGAACCACCAAAACCAAACUUGGGCAAGGCCGCUGACCGUUCUGAACCAACACAGUUGCAGAAAACUGCAUCUUCCAGUAGCUUGGGUCCUGCAAAUGGCAAACCAGCAGAAGUUAAAUUGGAGACUACUGGCAGCUUAAUUGAUUUUGAUCCGGAUCCUGAACCUCCUCUUACUGCACCUCCUCCACAGGCACAAUCUGUUGCACAACCGUCAAGUUCUAACAAUGAAAACAAUUGGGCUUCUUUUGAUUUUGCCCCCAAGGUGAAAUCAUCUCAAGCUGCGUCGAACAUGAACCCACUUGAAUCUGUUCUCUCAGAAUUGUCAGGCCCCGCAUCUGUGCCUGGCCAUAUAUCGGCAACGGCAAUACCGAGUGUUGCUGGUGUUUCUGUAGCUGCAUCUACGGGAAAUUUGACAGCAUUACCAAUUACUGGUGCCUCUCCUGUCUUACCUGCAGGGCACAUGCCAGUGUUACCCUUUAAUGGUGGUGCUUCAGCUGCAGGCCAAUGGACUAGCAUACAGCAUCAGCAACCUUUAUUUACUGCUGCUGGUAGUCAGUCUGCCACUCAACAAAUUAACCCAUUGGCUAAUGGAGCCCCAGCGAUACAGUCAUGGAAUCCUUUGCUCACCCAGGCUGCACAAGGCCCUCUGAAUACACCAGCUACUGCAGCCCCUCAACCUGUCUCAAAAGCUCUGCCUGAGGAUCUUUUUACUCCAACCUAUCCAUAUUUUCCAACAAGGGUUCCUGGGUGGCAAACUGGUCCUCCACCUCCUAGUCUAGUUUAUAGUAUGCAAUACAAUACCGCUGCGCCUAUGCCAACGUUCUAUCAGACAUCAAAGUCGACAAAUCCCUUUGAUCUUAACAAUGAACCAUCCUCAGUGCAUGUGCAAACAUUUCCUUCAAUGGCAUCCUUGCAAGGCUCUCUUCCAAGUUUGCCACCCUCUUCAGGCUUAAUGCAUACAUCCAACCUUGGUACUCCCUCACCGUCAUGGCCGCCAUCCCAACAUUCACCUUAUCCAUUGGCAAUACCUACCCAGGGACCAACUUUUGCAAACGCAAUGCCUCCACGGCCAUACAUGGUGCAACCAACAACGCAAGUUCCCAAUAAUAUGCCACUUUCUGGGCAUCAAGGCAUUGGUGGCUUCGGCAGUGAAGGAGGUGGUUUUGGCUCUGUAAAUAUGGAUCAACAGCUGGCUGGUAGAUUCUCAGCCCCUUCUACCCCUCAACCUUUCUCUUCUGUCGGAGGGAACCCAUUUGGAUAAAUAUGAGAGAAACGCUUGAAUCCUAUUUAAUUUAAGAAUCAACUUGCUGCUACCCUAGUUACUGUUUGGUGUAAAGUUUUGGUUGCUUAGAUGUAGUUAAAUAUGGUCCAGCCGAGGAAAGAUUUCUCAUGUCCAUAUUGGUCAAAUGUCCAAAUUAGCCGUGGGGGGAUUGGUUUUGAAGUUCGGAGAGAGACUGUGACUGGCGCAGCAGUAAAUGAUUUAAGUAUAGUGCUUCCUCCAUGAGGAUUUAGGUGAUUUUUUUAUGGAGUUUGUGGUAUCUGGUGCUAAUUGUAAUAUUUCAGUGUGAUCAUAAGAAGUUGCUGUUGCACUCUAUUUGUAUUAUAUAUUUUCCUCCUUGAUUGUGUUGUAAAAUAUUUUGCAAUCUCAUUAUUAUGAUGAGCAAUUUUAGUCUGAAAAGUUGUGGAAGAAUUAUGAAGGUUGAGAACAGUUUGUUUGAUACAGGUAUUCAAUAUUGAAAUAUUUUUUUCCA